CCUUUCCAGACUGCUUACCCAUCAUGCCUUGCUGACCCAAGUAAAGGCUGCAGAAGAAGCCAUGGCAGGAGGACGGGAGAGGGUAACUCAUUUGUUGAAGCAACUGCAUCGGGCAUCAUGUGUAUGCCCUGCUCAUUCUCACACCUAUUCCCAAGGUAUUGAACAUGCUAUAUCAGGGAAAACAGACUAUGCUUUUGAGAUGGCUGUUUCCAAUAUCCGAUAUGGAAAGGGAGUUACUAAAGAAGUGGGCAUGGAUCUGCAGAACAUGGGUGCCAGAAAGGUUUGUGUGAUGACAGAUAAAAACCUUUCUCAGCUCCCUCCUGUAAAAGCAGUACUGGAUUCUCUGAUCACGAAUGGUAUAAACUUCCAAAUUUAUGACAGUGUAAGGGUGGAGCCAACAGAUGAGAGCUUCCGAGAUGCCAUUGAGUUUGCUAAAAAGGGAGAAUUUGACUCUUAUGUCGCUGUUGGUGGAGGUUCAGUCAUAGACACUUGUAAAACUGCCAAUCUCUAUGCAUCCAGUCCAGAGUCAGAUUUCUUGGAUCAUGUUAAUGCUCCAAUUGGAAAAGGCAAGCCUGUUAGAGCCACCCUCAAACCACUGAUUGCAGUUCCUACGACUGCUGGAACUGGAAGUGAAACUACUGGAGUUGCAAUUUUUGAUUAUAAAGAACUAAAAGUAAAAACUGGCAUUGCCUCUAGAACUAUUAAGCCCUCUUUGGGUGUAAUUGAUCCUCUACAUACUCUCUGUAUGCCUGAGCGCGUGACAGCUAAUAGUGGCUUUGAUGUCCUUUGCCAUGCCCUCGAAUCCUAUACUGCCCUUCCCUACCAUCAGCGCAGUCCCUGUCCUUCAAAUCCAAUGAACCGACCAGCUUAUCAAGGAAGUAAUCCUAUCAGUGAUGUCUGGGCCAUUCACGCAUUACGGAUCGUUUCUAAAUAUUUAAAAAGAGCCAUCAGGGACCCCGAAGAUCAAGAAGCAAGGGCUAACAUGCAUCUAGCAAGUGCUUUUGCUGGCAUUGGCUUUGGAAAUGCUGGUGUACACCUUUGUCAUGGCAUGUCUUAUCCCAUUUCUGGUUUGGUGAAGAAAUAUAAAGCAAAGGAUUACAACGUGGAUCAUUCUUUAGUGCCACAUGGCCUUUCCGUUGUCCUCACAUCCCCAGCAGUGUUUACUUUCACAGCACCAAUGUGUCCUGAGCGUCAUUUGGAAGCUGCCCAGAUAAUGGUUUUUUUCAUUUUAGGAGCUGACAUCAGCAGUGCCAAAAUCAAAGAUGCUGGGCUUAUUUUGGCAGACACUCUCAGGAAAUUCUUGUUUGAGCUUAAUGUUGAUGAUGGGUUAGCUGCUCUCGGUUAUUCUACAGCUGAUAUCCCUGCCUUAGUUAAAGGCACACUGCCUCAGGAAAGAGUGACUAAAUUAUCUCCACGUCCCCAAACUGAAGAAGAAUUAUCUGCCCUGUUUGAAUCUUCCAUGAAACUAUAUUAGCUUUGCAAUAGAACCAAUCAGUGGCAGUUUUACCUUCUGAAAACAGUAAUUUUUAAAGCAUUUUAUCAAUGUUGAUAUACAAGCCAACAUGCACAUUUUAAUGGAAGUUUACAAAUAGGUUGUAUCAUACAGAAAAAAAUAUAUGAAUGUUAUUCCAAUAAUGUAUAAAUAAAAGACCACUUUUAUGCAAA